GGUGUUGUCUGUUGUAGAGAUGUGGAGUGAAAUAGGAAAACUGUUGUUUUUCCAUUUGUUAAUCAUGGAGCUACACUCAACAAAAGGUACUGAGGAGGAGUGUGAGGAUGGACAGUUUCAGUGCAAUAAUAAGCGAUGUAUACCAACUAUAUGGAGAUGCGACGAUGAUGACGACUGUUCAGACAACAGUGAUGAGGAGAACUGUCCGAGGAAAACGUGCGCGCCCACAGACUUCGCCUGUCAGAAUGGCCAGUGUGUGUCUGGCCGCUGGCGCUGUGAUGGAGAGCCGGAGUGUCCUGACGGGUCAGAUGAGGCUGACUCUAUAUGCAUCCGACAGACAUGUCCCCCAGAGAAAUUUGACUGCGGCGGGAAGUGUGUGUCGCUGUCGUGGCGAUGCGAUGGUGAGAGGGACUGUGAGAAUGGAGCUGACGAGGAGGACUGUGCGGCAGAUGCACGCGCCUGCCCAGCUGGCGAGUUCCAGUGCCAGAACCGGCGUUGCCUAGCACCUGCCUACGUGUGCGAUGGCGACGACGACUGCGGCGACAGCAGCGACGAGGCCAAGUGCGCGCCGCCCACCUGCGGCCCGCACGAGUUCCGCUGCAACAGCUCCCAGUGCGUGCCGCAGCCGUGGAGCUGCGACGGAGAUCCCGACUGCUCCGACGGCUCCGACGAGUGGCCACAGCGAUGCGGCGGCGUAGGCGGUGGAGGCGGCGCCGAGGGGGGCGGCGGGAGACCCCCAGGACCUCCACCCCCUCGCAAGCUGGAGUGCUCGCCGGGAGAGUUCCGCUGCGGCAGCGGGGAGUGCAUCCGGCCGGCCUGGAGGUGCGACGGAGACCCCGACUGCAAGGAUAAGACGGAUGAGGCGGAUUGUCCCGUGCUCACCUGUCGUCCAGAUGAGUUCCAGUGUGGGGACGGCUCCUGUAUCCAUGGCACCAAGCAGUGCAAUAAGGUGCAUGACUGCCCAGACCACAGUGAUGAGGCUGGCUGUGUCAAUGCAACCAAAUGCGAGGGCCCCCACAAGUUCCUGUGCAAGAACGGGGAGUGCAUUGACAGUGACAAAGUGUGUGACGGGACGCGCGACUGCAAGGACCGCUCAGACGAGCCCAAGAAAGAGUGUGGCUUGAACGAGUGCCAGCUGAACAACGGCGGCUGCUCUCACGUCUGCGUGGACCGCCCCAUUGGCUUCGAGUGCCAGUGCCCAGCCGGCUACAAGCUGCUGGACAAGAGGACGUGCGGAGAUGUGGACGAGUGUGAGAACCCGGACGCCUGCAGCCAGAUCUGCGUCAACCUGAAGGGGGACUUCAAGUGUGAAUGUCACCCGGGAUACGAGAUGGACCCCGUCAGCAAGACCUGUAAAGCCGAGGGGAAGAGUCCGUAUCUAAUGUUCACCAACCGCCACGAGAUCCGGCGCAUCGACCUGGUGAAGCGAGACUACACCCAGGUGGUGCCCACACAGAAGAAUGCUGUGGCUCUGGAUGUGGACGUGGCAUCCAAUAAGAUGUUCUGGUGCGACCGUUUUCACAGGAAGAUCUUCAGUGCUUACAUCCAUGAAGCCAGCGACCCUUCCAAGCAGCUUACAAUGAUAGACUCGUCCCUGCACUCUCCCGAAGGGCUGGCUUUGGACUGGGUCCAACACAACCUCUACUGGACUGACUCGGGAGACAGAACUAUCUCUGUGGCAACAGUCGAUGGAACCAAGCGGAAGGUUCUGAUUGACAGCGACCUGAGUGAACCUCGGGCCAUCGCUGUGGACCCAGAUGGGGGCUUCAUGUACUGGUCCGACUGGGGAACCCGGGCCAAGAUCGAGAAGGCGGGCAUGAACGGAGUGGACCGGCAGACCCUGGUGUCCGAGGGCAUCGAGUGGCCCAACGGAGUCACUCUUGAUCUGUUGAAUAAGCGUCUGUACUGGGUGGACUCCAAGCUGCACCUCAUCUGCAGUGUGGAUCUCGCUGGAGCUCAGCGCAGGGUGGUCCUGGCUUCUACGGAGAGGCUGGGGCACCCUUAUGCACUGGCUGUCUUUGAGGAUCGUGUGUACUGGACGGACCGGGAGAAGGAGGCGGUGUACAGCGCUAACCGGCUGACUGGACAGGAGCUGACGGCCCUGGCGGAGAACCUGAACGACCCUCACGAUAUAGUGGUGGUGCACGAGCUCAGGCAGCCCAAAGGUGUUGACAGCUGUAACAUGGGCGGCCAGGAGAACGGCGGCUGCGACUUCCUGUGCCUGAGGGCGCCGCAGAUCACCGAGCACUCUCCCAAGUACACCUGCGCCUGCCCCCACGGGGAGGAACUGGGAGAGGACAUGCGCAGCUGUGUGCUAGCUACGCCAUCUGUCCAAGACUCAAACUUCACCGCGAUGAUGCCCAACAUGUCCAUGGCUGCCGUCACCACAGAAACCGCCUUUGAGGCUCCACUGAAUUCCACCACCACCGAAAGCCCUGAAGUGGUGACAUCCCCCAUCGACACGGCGACAGGCCUCACACCUGGUCCUGCACCCUCCCUGACCACCAGUCAGUCCAAGUCCCAGGAGCCGUCCAACUGGACUCAGGCACCUGGCGGUGGCAGCAGCACUCUCGGGGCUGCGGUUACCACCGUCCCCGGGGAGAUAGGCAACCUGUCCCAUCACGCUGGCAACGAGCUGUUUCUCCUUGGCAACAAUCUGACAGUGGCGGUGCUGGGCAUUGUUAUUCCCAUAGUGGUCUUCGGCGUGGUGUGUGCCGGCGUGUACCUGGUGUGGCGCAACUGGCAGAGCAAGAGCACCAAGAGCAUGAACUUCGACAACCCCGUGUACCGCAAGACCACCGGCGAGACGGAGGAGGACGAGAUCCACAUCGGCCGCACGGAGGGCAUCGUGGCGCCACACCACCACCACCAGCACCCCUACCCCGGGCCGGUCGUGGGCAUGGCCAACGUGGCGUGCUCCAGCAGCGGCAGCGGCGGCACGUGUCCGCCCUUCAUCGCCCUCCCCAUGGGCGGCGGGCUGCCCGACCCGGCCACGCACUGGUACACCGAGCAGCCCACCAUCGCCGUGCCAAAAUGAGGUUGCCAUGGCAACGCUUCCAGCGGUCACAAAGUUGGUGGAACUGCACGGCUGCAAAGGCCAAAGAUUUAACAAUGUGAGCCUAACUGUCAGAUUACCAACGUGAGAAUCGCGUUGUGUGAUAUUCCUGAGCGAGUGGACCUAUGCUCAGAGUGAGACA